GGCGUGCUGAAGACGAUGCGGUCUCCGCGCGCAGCCCGCCUCGGUCUGCUGGCGGCGUGCGCGUGCACGUGGCUGCUGGCGGCGCAGGGCUGCGGUCCCGGACCGGGCUACGGCGCGCGGCCCCGCACGCGCAGGCUGACGCCGCUCGCGCUCAGGCAGCACGUGCCCGGCGUGUCCGAGACGAACCUGGGCGCAAGCGGGCGCGCGGAGGGCAAGAUCGCGCGCCACUCGGAGCGCUUCAACGAGCUCGUGUGCAACUACAACCCCGACAUCGACUUCAAGGACGAGGAGAGGACCAAAGCGGACCGCCUCAUGACCAAGCGCUGUAAGGAUUGCCUAAAUAAAUUGGCUAUUGCAGUUAUGAACCAAUGGCCAGGUGUUCGGCUGCGAGUGACCGAGGCCUGGGAUGAAGACGACAAUCACCCAUCUGGCUCUCUGCAUUACGAGGGCCGUGCUGUUGACAUCACCACCUCAGACAGAGAUAUAAAGAAAUAUGGCCUUCUUGCUCAGUUGGCUGUGGAAGCUGGGUUCGACUGGGUGCACUACGAGUCCAAGUAUCAUGUGCACUGUUCUGUCAAAGCUGAUCACUCUGUUGCAGUGGAAAAAGGGGGCUGUUUUUCAGCAUCUGGACUAGUGACUAUGGCUGGGGGUCUGCAAAAGCCCAUGACAUGUUUGCAGCCUGGAGACACCGUGCUUGCUUUGUCCGAGUCAGGCGAGGUGGUUUUCAGUCGCGUCCUUCUUUUCUUACAUCUGGAUGCUAACAGUAGGUCCACCUUCUUGAUUCUCAGCACUGAAGAUGGGCAAGAACUUGCACUUACUUCCAAUCACCUCAUCUUUGUGUCUCAGAACUACAAACCGCACCACCACGAGUAUCAUGCUUGCUUUGCCAGCCGAGUUAGGAGAGGAGACUAUGUGCUCGUUACUGGAAGGGAUGGUGGGCUGCGUCCAUCCAAAAUAGUCUCCAUCUCAGUAGAGGAAAGAACUGGGGUCUAUGCUCCAUUGACAGAACACGGCAACCUGUUUGUGGACGGCGUGCUGGCAUCCAGCUAUGCAUCCAUAGAGGAUCACAGACUUGCACACCGGGCUUUCGGGCCUCUUCGGGUCUUGUUUGGACUGACCCAGCUGUUUGUGGCCCAGACACCACAAACAGUAGACAGACAGUGUGUCUCCAAAGCACAUAUGAAUGUGAUGCACAAUAGUUCAGUUCAUAGCACAAGAUCAUGUUUAAAUGAACAUACUUGUUUGCGAUAUUUUGAUGGCACCAACGUCCGGGUUUACUGGUAUGCAAGGCUACUACACACUAUUGCACAGAUGAUUUUGAAUCCUCAGACGUUUUAUGAAUAAAGAUCCAGGAAAAGCGCUACCAAUGACAUUUCUCUGUGAGGGCAUUAUAAUUCUAACCACAUAAAACCUAUUCAUGGAAAAGGGCCAUGCAAAUGAUACUGAAACUGAUCAAGCUUUUCAUUAUGUGUAAUAUAUCAUUAAUUUCGUUUUUGUGGCCAUGCAUACAUGUGAAGUACACUGUAUAACGUUAAACUUAUUCAAGUAUGGCACAUAUUAUUGUGAGAUUGAAAUUAAGCAUUUUUAUACAGAAGAGGAAAUAUUUCGUAGAAUAAAACAAUUUAUUUUUAUACAUUUAAAAUUUAUAAUAUAUAAACCUUUGCAAGCUAUGGUUAUUAAUCUGAUUAUGACUUAAUGUCUUUUAUUACCUGUUCUACAGACUGAAUAUGUAACAGAUUUUUGAUGAUGAACUGUAAGCUAAUAUUACAUUUGAGUUCUAAUGUAUUUUGUUAGAAAUCUAACAUGUCUUUUGUUACAUUGGGUAGAUGUCCAACAUAAAGCACUGUGCUAGAAAUGUCACACAUUAACAUCACCAGUCAAGAAUGGGUGUAACUGGCAGGCCAGUUUUUAGUACUGCAACAAUAGCAGCAACAAAGGGUUUCAAAUAAUAACACAGCACUUAUAAAAAUAUGAACCAUUUAGGUCUUGUUUAAUUGGCUAUUCUUGAUUGGGGCUUUAAAUGAAUCAAGAUGAUGAUGACACAGAAGAUGAUGAGAAAAGCUCUAUGCAUUUCAUUAGUUUCAGCGGAAAUGAGAUUGUAACAUAAACUCAUUCUAACGUUUAUAAAAGGAAUCAUAUAUUGAUUGAAAAAUAAACCCAAAUUAAGCCUG